AUGACUAUUAUAGGACACGGUGAUGUCGAAAACGCCUGUGGAUAUGAUGAUAGGACAAGCUUUUGCCUCCUGACUGGAUUUGGGAAGGAAGAGACGCCAUCAAGUAGUCUAAUAGAAAUGAAGCAAUUCCUUAUGUAUCCAUCGACUUUCUGGAAGGUGGACUAG